GGAAACCGUGAGAAAUAAUCACAAGGCCCUUUCGGUUUGCCUCUCGCUGGACCCCGUCAUGGCACGCGGACCUAUCUGAAGGGCGCGCCUAUGGCCGCGCUGGGGGAUGAGGACAAAGCUUUGGCGCAGUUCUGGUACAGCCCUGGCACCCUGGAGUGUUUGCUUGCGCAGUGCCGGCGCCGCGACGUGAAUCGCAUCGCCCUGCUGUCGGCACCCUCGCUGUACUUUGCGCUGGAAGCGGAAGUUCGGAAGCCGGCGGCAGGCUACCCUUGCGCCAGGGUCUUUGGAGAAGGGCGGGAGGUGGUCUUGUUCGAGUUUGAUCAGAGGUGGGCGGAGGCAAAGAACUUUGCGUACUUCGACUAUCGCGAAGGCGCACAAGGCGUUGAUGAGAGGUGGGCGAACCAUUUCGACUUGGUUCUGGCAGACCCUCCCAACUUGCAGAUGGCCACUUUAGAGCAGUAUGCGGAUGUCAUCAACAAGCUGCGAGCGGAGAAAGCCAAGGUCUUGUUCGUCACCUGUACUCAUUGGGGAGGCUUUCUUCUGGAUCGCCUGGGAUUGUUCGACGUAAAUUUUCGGCCUUCCAUGCCAUCCUCCGCUUUGUCGCAGAGCGGGGCCUUUGGGCUCUUUGCCAACUACAAAGACCCGGCGCUUUGCGCCACGAACCCCGAGGUGGAGAAGGACGAAGAUGUGUCGGCCGAGUGCACUGGCUACUACCUGGGUUUCCCGGCGCAGGACCUUUGAUUUGCCACGCGGAUCUCAGGAUCGCAGCCCAGAUGUCCAGCGGGCUUCGUCUUUGUGCAAGCUUUUUUUGGGGGUGCCCUUCAAAGUUAAAUAUCGAGAAAAAGGGCGCCCCUUGUUUGUUUCUGGAAAUCGCUUGGAGUUCAGUGAGGGACAUUUUCAGGUGCCAGGCAGUCACCGUUGGC